GUUUGGAGUUUAGUUUGCCUAAAUUGCAAGCCAUGCGCAGCUUGGUAUUUGGCCUGGGCGCAACGCAAGUGUUGCUCACUAUUGGGAUUACAGCUUUGGGUACUAUUGUGCUAGCUUACAUCUUGCCGCAGACGUGGAACAUUUCUUGGAGAGUGGCAUUGGCUUUGGGUGGUGUCAUGGCUAUGAGCAGUACGGCGAUAGUCAUUAAGCUGCUUUCAGAUCGCUUGGAGCUUGAGAGCGAACAUGGCAAGCGCGUGGUGGGUAUAUUGUUGUUUCAAGACUUGGCGGUGGUGCCGCUAUUGGUGUUGAUACCUGCUUUGGGCUCUGAUGGUGAUAAUCUUGGCACUUCUUUACUCUGGGCUACGCUAAAAGCAGCGGUUUUAUUAACGCUCUUGCUCACUGGGGGGCAAAAACUGAUGCGCUGGUGGCUUACGUUGGUGGCCAAACGCAAAAGUGAAGAGCUAUUCAUUUUGAAUAUUCUUUUAAUUACACUGGGUCUGUCGUGGCUUACAGAACAUGCAGGUAUGCGCCUGGAGUGGCGUAUUGUGAUGGAGCAUUGGGCACUCGUGCUCUUGUUUUUGCUUUUAUCCAUAGCGCUUAAACUCACGCUCAUAUCCCUCAUAGCCUGGAUGUGGCGCGCUAGCGCUGGUGUGGCCCUGCGUUCGGGUUUAUAUUUGGCGCAAGCGGGAGAAUUCGGUUUGGUUUUAUUAAGCCUGGCGGGCGAUAACGGCUUGGUGCCUGCUGAAUUAUUUAACCCCAUACUGGCGUCUAUGGUGAUUUCUAUGUUGAUUACUCCUUUUAUGGUAAUGCACAGCGACCGCCUGGUAAUGAAGGUCAUUGGUACCGAGUGGCUGCGCCAAUCAGAGCAAAUGCUGCAAAUUGCGCGCAAGUCUUUGGACACCAAAGAACACGUCAUCAUCUGUGGUUACGGCAGGUGUGGUCAGAAUUUGGCGCGUUUGCUAGAGGGGGAGAAUAUUGCCUAUGUAGCGCUCGAUACUGACCCUGAGAGGGUGCGUAAAGCCGCUGCCGCAGGCCAUAGUGUAGUGUACGCAGACGCUGCGCGCAAACAAGCUUUGGUGGCCGCAGGAGUGCAACGCGCUAGCGCGGUCGUAGUAACUUAUUUGGAUACCCAAAGUGCUAUCAAAGUAGUAGAACUAUGGGUGGUGUUGUGUCGCUAUCUGAAGUUACCUGCUAUUUUGGGUUAUCUUGUGGUUGGGGUCAUCAUAGGGCCAGGAACUUUGGCAUUGGUACAAAACACCCAAGCAGUGCAUUAUUUGGCCGAAUUUGGGGUGGUUUUUUUAAUGUUUGUCAUAGGUUUGGAGUUUAGUUUGCCUAAAUUGCAAGCCAUGCGCAGCUUGGUAUUUGGCCUGGGCGCAACG